CCGAGCGGCGCGGCCCGGCCCGGCCCCGGGCGCGCCCCCGCGGCCGCUCCGCCCGCGCGCCGCGGGCACCGGACGGCUCGGCGGGGAGCGCGCAGCACAAUCCAGUGUGGUUCCUGGGAAGGAAACCCAUCAGUGAUGCUCCAGGACAGGUCUCUCGUGAGGGUCCUGCAUACAAAGGGCAGCUCUGCACUUGUGUAGCUGAUGGGUGAGGACACCAGCCCGGUGAGAGGAGCUACCAGGAGCAGGCAGGAUGAGUUACAGCUCCCCCUCUGUGCACGACUCGUAUCACAGCACCCCCACCACGGCCAGGCCAGACCCAGGGACAGCUCUGGAUGUGACUGUACCAGAAACAGCCACCAUAAGCCCUGAGACUUCCACCUUCAACAGCACCAAAAUCCCAGAUGUGGCCAGCACUGGAGCCGGCAUGAGCACGAUGCUGCUGUCCUUUGGGAUCAUCACUGUGAUUGGGUUGGCUGUAGCCAUGGUUCUGUAUGUCAGGAAGAGGAAGAGGUUGGAGAAGCUACGGCACCAGCUGAUGCCCAUGUACAACUUUGAUCCCACGGAGGAGCAGGAUGAACUGGAGCAGGAGCUGUUGGAACAUGGGCGAGAUGCAGCAUCUUCCCAGGCAUCGCAGAGCAAGGUGCUGCUGGCAGGCCCGGGGGCCCUGCAGAGACCCAGCCGCCUCGUGUUCACCGACGUGGCCAACGCCAUCAACGCCUGACCUGCACCCGCCGCGCCCACGCCACGGCAGGACGAGCCAGCAGAGCAGUGACUGCACGGCUGAUCCACUGAGCCCCCUGGGCACCCCGGUGGUUUGUGUUAGGAGUGGGCAGGGCACUGCCAGCCCUCUGGGAAGCAAACCCUUUGUGAGGGCAGUGGUGAUUUUCUGGUGCGUCUGUUCCCACGGAAAGGUCCCGAGCUCGUUUUUGGGCUGGCGCUGGCUGAUUGCACCUGCCAAGCUCUGUGCCUCGGAACAGCGCCUGCCUGGUGGAGAUUACCCUGUGGGCUCUCUAGGUCAGGGAAGGAGCAGAGGUGCACAUUUCAGACACCUUCCCCAUUGGGUCUGUGGCACCAGGCCCCAUGGAAAGCGAUGAAUGAGCCUCUCUGUGCAGUGGCCACAGCUCUGGCAGGUCCUGGGAGCGGGGUGGGGGUGACUGGUGGCAAAGCCCCUUUGAGCAAGGAGAGCUGAGUGGUAACUGGGGCACACCAGGGAAAACACACACCAGGGGUUUAUCCCCACUGUGGUGUGUGGGCUGCUGGUAAACGAGCACCAGGGUGAUGUUGAAGCAUGGGGAAUUCACUAGCUUUAAAAAGUGAAACAGAACAUGUGGCUGAUUACAUCUUAACUGAGGAAGUGGCUGAGUAUCCCAAAUCGGGGCUAUUGUACUGAGAGUGGAAUUCACACAGCCAGAGGCAGGGGCUGUCAGGUCUGGCUGAAUGACUCUGUGCUGCUGAACUAGGAAUAACAGUGCUUGGGCCACGAAGAGGAGCUGAGUUGGGGUUCCAGUACCACAUAUCUCCUCCUGCUUUGGCUCAGGGAAGUUUCUACAGGGCAGAGUGUUAUCCAGAAAAAAAGAUUAAGCUUUGAAAUGUUUUCUUUUUAAAGAAAGAAAAACAUGUGUUGGCUCAAACAUUACAACAGCCCCAUGUCUGCCCCCAGAGGUGACUAACAGCUGGUUUGUACUUCCUUACCUGCCAGGACCUGCAGUCAGAGCCUUCUCUUCCUGCUGAAGGGAACACAGAGCUCUGUGUUAGCCUCUGCUUGUGUCACCUGCUAGGAACAGGUAGGUGGGACUAGACAGGUAAGCCAGGAGGUUCCCUGUAGCCCUGAAGCGUCUCUGCCUGACAUCCUUCAGGGCUGCAGGAGGAAGAGAGUGCAAAGGGGGCUGUGGCUACCUUGGCACGUGGCAGUGCAGUGUGGGGUCUGUGCUCUGCUGCUGGGCACCAGCCCCAAGGGCUGCAGAGCACAGCAGUGCCCAGCAGCAGUGCCCAGCCCUGCCCUGAGCCCUCCUGAUCAUAAUCCAUCCACAGUCAGAAGGGAAUCUGGGCAAGCCAAAAUUUGAAUGCAGAUCCAAAGCUUUAUACAAGGGGAUGUUUCAGAAUGGCAAUUCAGGUAUCAUGUGCUUUGCUGCAAGUCUGGACCUGCCAGUUAGUUUUUGUUUUCCAAAAUAAUUUUUUCCCCUUCCCCACUGUGAUUGUUUUUUUCCAUAUUCAUCAAAUGCAGGCUCUUUCCUGGGCAUGUGCCACUGACCCCUGCAGGGCACAGUUCCUUACCAGCCCUCCCUCCUUCACUGACACAGCUGCCCUUGUGGCAGCUUUGCAGGGAUAAAUUGCUUCAACUUUUCACUAUCCCACUGUCUCUGUAAAGCUAGGGAGUUCUGGGAAUACAUUAGGAGUGGGAGUGUGGAAAACAGCCCAUCCUUCACAGCCAGGAGGCACUCCUGGGCUGCUGCUGUUUGCCUUCAGGCAUGCUGUUGGAAGGAAGGUGCCUGGGUACAAAUACUCAGUUUAAUCCAGAUUAACCCUUAGAAUUUGGGCUCUGUCUGUGGGUCUUGCCAGAGGUCACGACCAGCUGAGAAACAAACAUCCCUCCACCCACACACACUUACCAUCUCCAAGUGCUCACUGGGAGUGGACAGCCACAGAGACAUCGGAUUUCUCCCCUCAGGAGCUGGCAGGGGCUGCCUGCCACGUUCCCGUGUUCUGCAGCAGGACAGGGAUGCAGGGGGCACUGGGAGUGCAUGGCCAUCCUAAACCGCAGCACUGCCCCCAGAAAUCUUAAGGAUCAGAACUUAACUGGUUGUUUUAAACUCAAUAAAAGGCAAUUGUAAGCUGAGCUGUUUCCUCAAUCCCACAGCCCCCUUAGUGCUCCUCCCCAGCUCCGUGUGCUGCCCAGGGAGCUGCCCAGCAGUGCAUGUGCCAGCUCAGGUGCAAGGACUGCACCUUGUUCCACGUCAGUACCGAGGUAAAUCCCGUACAACAAACACACCUGCAGAGGAAUCCUCUCCAGCCAUUCUCCCUGUGAUGGUAGGCUUUGUGUCCUGUGAUGACUGCCCUUAGAUUAAAGAAGUACAGAUAAUAAGGCUAAAAGAAUAUUACGGGUAUUUGCUGGGCUUGUACUGGAGUAUUCUUUUAGUUCCAUAGCGCCUCCUCACAACUCUUGGAAGCAUAUGUAUAAUUUAGCAGAAGCAUUAUGAUGUAAUUUAAUUCAAGUGUUUCUGUGUUUUAAGCAUUGAAAUAUAAUUAAAUUAUUUACAUGAAAA